CAAUAAAAUUCAAAAUAAAAUUCUACUUGAAGAACCACUUAGCACUUGGGUCUUGUUCUUCUCUUGGAAUCCUUUCCAUUCAAAACCACAAGAGAGGCGUCGAAUUCCCCCCAAAAGCGCGCCAUAGGUUAUUCUCAUAAAUUUAUAUUUGGCGCAAAACAGCGAAAAUUAGUACCAUAUUUACAUUUCUCUACAUAUACCUCGACUUUCUCCAACUUCGGACACAUACACUCUCUCUCUCUCUACUCGUAUAUGGCGGAUUUUGAACCUCCAUCGUUCUCUCUAGGGCUCGAUCUCGACUUCGAUUCGGAGCCCCAACCCACUGUAAGAGAAGACCCUUCUUCCAAACGAGCUCAACAAUCUUCAGCCAAUGCAAGCUUUCAUAACGACGACGACGAUGAUUUUGAAUCACCCACAAUGGGUCCGGACCCACAAAUUCCAGAUCCACCGCAAACCCUCAAGCGUCUCCGGCGAGGUCGCACCACCGAAUCCACAUCGGCCACCCAGAAGCAGGAGCUGUGGCGAAGUGUCGAUGAAGAGAUUGAAGAGUUCUCUUCGCAGGAGGAUAAGCGUGAAGCAGAUGGACCUCGAUCAACCCAGCACCAUUCUGUAUGUAGCAGUUCAAAAUUCCCAUUGCAUGGACAUGGAGUUUUGAUGACACAAUCAGCAAACCAGUGGAAAGUAAGAAAAAGGAAACAAGAAUCCGAAGUCCCAGCUUCUGCAAGUUUUGAGACAAGCAGCAAGAAGUUGAUGAUUCCAAAGUUAACUGUCAGUCCCCUUAGAAGGUUCCAAUUGCUAGAUUCUGAUUCUGACGAUCCUUCUGUCAGUGAAGAUGUAAAUGGAGAGUCUAUUAAAGUAGAUUUAUCUUCAAAGGAGAGAGAAUGUAACCCUGGCCAACAUGCAACUUUGAGUGAACAGAAGAGAAAAAAUGCAUCAGUGAGUAUGUCCCAAGCACCAGAUUUAUGGAAAGAUUUCUGUUCAGAGAAGAAUUUCCACAUUCCAACACCUACUCUUGAUGAGGUUUGCGAAGAAUAUUUUAGAUCGGUGAAAAAUAAGAAUGAAGUGCAGAAUCUGAGUGAAAAUAAAGACUGUUCUCAAGGCACUAAUAUUCUUAAAAACGACGAGCACCCUUGGAAUUUGGGUGAUCCAGUGCCUCCUGCUCAUCGUUAUUUUUUCCAUGACGAACCGAGGAUUCAAAAGUUAGUUCGCAGUCGCCUACCUAACUUUUAUCCCCUGGGUGCUAUGAACGAGAGAGGAAAUAACCAGCUCAGAGCAUCAGUUAUUGAUUACAUGGGUCAAUUUAGCCACGAAGAAGGUUCUAAAAAGCAAGCAGCUAAAACCGGGACAAGCUCCACAAGGGGCAGAAAGAAUUCAAAGAAAUCAAAUGCUGAAGAGGUAUCACAAGGUUCUGGAAGCUGGGUGAAUCCCAAAAGCAGUGCUGGAAAUCCUAAAGAUGCAGGUAAAAGACGAGUUCAUGCAGUUGGUCAAUCUGCUGGUCAUUGGUACACAGCCCCAGAUGGAAGGAGAGUUUAUGUCUCUGGAAAAGGGCAGGAGUUGACUGGUCGAAUUGCUUACACACAUUACAGAAAGGAGAGUGGAAGAGGGUUUAAGAAAUCAAAAAAGAAAACUACCACCAAGAAAAAAACCAAAGCCAGAAGCUCCACAGCGAAACGUGGUGUAUAGCGUAUCCUGUACACAACAUGGCAUUUCAUAAGGGUAUGUUGUUUUGCGUACUAGUUUGUACUGUGAUCAUAAUUCUUUCAAACAUAAGAAAUGUUAUUUUACUGAUCUCCCGGUUACACCUUGAUUCAUGUCGGGAUUGUAUUAUGAAGUCUCACUCGAUGGAAAGCAUCCCUGUAAAACAGUUCUGUAGAAAAGUAAAUCCAUAUGCAGCGCAUUUUAAGAGAA